GUCGACCCUCGAGAUGCUGCAAAGUGCCCAACAUGGACACACGUCUAUCGCCUCUGGACAGUACCUUACUGACCAUCCCUGAGAUAGUCGACUUCCACGCUACACACAACACAAACAAUCCAUGGUUCGUGUUUCUCUCCAAAGAUUCUCCAGAAGAGCUUGUGUCCAUUUCCUACCACGAGAUGGCGCAGACGAGCCACCGCAUUGCGCACCGCAUGCGCCCAAAUAGGGAAGGUCCCGACGGAGAGGUUGUUGUUUUGCUCGUCAACACCGAUGCUAUCCUCUACAUUGCUGUCGUGGUAGGCCUCAUACGCGCGGGCCUCGUGCCAUACCCGGUAUCUCCCCGCAACUCGCCUCAGGGCGUGUGCCACAUACUCGAGACCGUUUCAUGCACCCGCAUCAUUGCUCACACCCCAACCGCCGCUCUGGCCGGACGGGUUCAGAGGGACAUGCACGCCAAGGGGGUCACGCUUCGUGUCGACGAGCUGCCAAGCCUAUCAGAGACGUUCCCCAAGUUCGGCGGGGAUGCCAACGCAGCAGCCGCCGAGGUCCAGCCGUAUCCGCCGCCGGGCAAGCCGGUUGACGUGCGCACGCCCGUGCUGUACCUCCACUCCUCCGGCUCGACCGGCUAUCCCAAGUCCAUUCACUUCACGCACCGCCGCAUGCUGCAGUGGAUCGCCCGCGACUAUUUCAGCCAGGACGGCGUGCGCUACGGCACGAUGGGCCUCGCGAGCUUCCAUAGUUUAGGUAUAGUACUGCAGCUCAUCCAUCCAUUGGCGACAGGUGCAGAAGUCGUCGUGUACACCCCGCAGUACCCUGCGCCCCCGGUCGUCGCGCACCCACAGAAUGCCUACGAGGUUGCGAAGCUUGCAAAGUGCAACGCACUGACUGUGCCGCCUUCUUUCAUCGAUACAAAACCGAGCCCGCUUUCAAAGGCAUGGUUACACUCCCAGGAGAUCCUCGAAUAUCUGAAGACCCUCAACGUACUGAUGUUCGGCGGCGGCCCGCUUGCGGUGUCCACCGGAGACAAGCUUGUGCAGAUGGGUGUGCGUCUGCAUAGCAGCUAUGGAAGCACCGAGAUCGGGGACUCCUACGUGGCUUGGGGCGAGAUCCCGGCAAUAAGCUAUGAGCCAGACCCCAACUGGGCGUGGUUUCAUGCACCACCGAAUGCACCGAACAUCAAGUGGGAUCCUCAGGGUGACGGGACGUACGAGCUCGUCGUCUAUGAAACCGAUGAUUAUGACCUUCCUGUGCAUAACGUGCCCGGUGAAAGGGCUUACGCGACCUCUGACCUCGUCGAGCCGCAUCCCACGAAGCCUAACCUGUGGAGAAUUGUUGGCCGUAAGGACGAUGUGAUCAUCCUGAGCACCGGCGAGAAGAUCGUACCGGUAUCGCAAGAGGGGUACAUUUCCGCGAGUCCACUCGUCAGCGGCUGCAUAAUGUUCGGCCGAGAGCGCGAGCAGCCUGGCAUCAUCGUGGAGCCGCAGCCCGCUUAUGCCGUCGACCCAAAUGACAUGGCCGCACUCGCCAAGUUUCGCAACAAGAUAUGGACGCACGUCGAAGAGGCCAACGCGCAGGUACCUGGAUUUGCGAAGAUCUUCAAGGAGAUGAUUCUCGUCACCGACCCUGACAAGCCCCUGCCCCGUGCAGCCAAGAGGACCAUCAUCCGCAAUCAGGCUUUAGCUGUCUACAAGGAGAAAAUUGAGCAGCUCUAUGAGACGAUCUCUGCGAGCACGGACAGCCAGGGUAUCAACCCUCCGAGAUCCUGGAAGGCCGCCGACCUGGAGCCUUGGCUUACCGAGCAGGCCGAGAGCUUCGUUUCGCAUGGACGACCCAUAGCUCUCGCCGUCGAUCUCCUGAGCGCGACCUUCUUUCGCAACCGCAUCAUCGGUGCCCUCCGCGCCUCCGGGACUCCGCGCGUACGCCGGGCGGCGCAACACGUCCCCGCAAACCUAGUCUUCGAGCGCCCCUCCAUCCAGCAGUUCGCAAGUGCGCUUGCUGCGCUCGUGGACCAGUCUGCCGAUGCCGAUGCUCAGCGCAGCCCUGCAGACGAGAUCCGGGGGAUGAUCGCCAAGUACACUGCAGAUAUGCCUCGCGCCAGGGCGGGGAAGGCGGUGGAUGUCGGCGCGGUACCGGUUGUGCUCCUCACGGGUUCGACAGGCAACAUCGGCUCGCACAUCCUUGCGUGCCUGCUCGCAGAGCCGCGCAUAGCGCGUGUUUACGCGCUGAAUCGCCCGUCGGCAGACCCGCACGGCCGGCUAGCAGCCGCGUUCCGUGAGCGCGGGCUCCCAGAGAAAGCCCUCGACGAUCCACGGCUCGUCUCGCUCGUCGGGGACGUCACGCACGAACGCUUUGGACUCGAUGAGGCGCAGUACAACGACAUCCUGGCCUCUGCCACGCAUGUCAUACACAACGCCUGGACGGUGAACUUCAAACUUGCGCUGCAAUCGUUCGAGGAUCAGGUCGCGGGAGUACGCAAGCUCGUAGACAUCGCCGCCGCCACUGAUCGACCUCUGCGGCUGCUUGUCACUUCGUCUAUCGGCGUCGCGAACGCGUGGAACCCCGCCGAAGGUCCUGUUCCCGAACAACUCCUGUCGAACCCCGGGAGUGCCGCUGGCACUGGAUAUGCCGCAUCAAAGUACGUCGUCGAACAUAUUCUGAGUGCUGCAAGGGGAAAAGGUGUUCCUGCCACUGCAGUACGCAUGGGCCAAGUCUGCGGACCGAAGGAGACAGGCGCCUGGGGAACGACGGAGUGGAUGCCGUUCCUGACCAAGUCGAGCGUUGUGCUGGGCUGCCUGCCUGCACUGAGCGGCUCCGUCACUUGGGUCCCACUUGAUGCCAUCGGGGAGGCGUACGUCGACUGGGUGCUCGCGCAAGACGCGCUCCCUGCGCUUGUCAACGUUGUACACCCGCGCCCGACAACCUGGGACGUCGUCCUACAUGGCUUGCGUCAAGAACUGGGGGACAAUCUUCCCGUCGUGCCGUUGGAAGAGUGGGUCAUGAAGCUCGAGGAGCGCGCGAAGAACCCCUCAGCGGAGGACCUUGUCCAGAUCCCGGCCCUGAAAAUUACGGAGUUUUUCUGCUCUCUUGUUCGCCCGGCUGCCGCGCGGGACGGAGCAGGGGCUGCUGGCGCUGAGAGGCUCAUGGGUCUCGCGUACGAGACUGUAGCGCUCUCGCGCUCGAGCCCUACGAUGCGCGAGCUCCAACCUAUGUCGGCGGAACACGCGCGCGCGUGGGUACGCUUCUGGAAGGCGAAGGGGUUCAUUGCGACCUCUGACUGUUUAGUGAUGCACGAUGGGUCUCGGCAGACUCUUCGCCCCACGCUACAAACAAGCUUGACACAUCGUCACGGUCACUGCAAUGGCCUUGCGAUCACUCUCGACGCCACCGAACAAGCCGACUGGAUUCUCCGCGACGGCCAGGGCAAGGGAGGUGAAUACCUGCAGGAGCUCAUGGCUGCGUGCGCGAGUAGGGCAUCGACGAGACAAGGCCGCGGCUCGACGAAGACGCCCCUCAGACGCUGACGGGAGAGUUGUAGACUG